UUACCACACUUUCUGCAAAAAGUUUUUUUAAAUUACCUGAAAAAAACGCCUGUAGGCCGAGAUGGAAUUGAAUAAAAAAGGGGACAGAAUGCAGCAGUAAAGAAACAUAAUACAACAAACUGUGAAACCAGCAAUUUAAGACUAUAACACAAACUUUAUGAGGAAAAUCCUUUGAAUUCUUUAUUGAUAGACUAUGAAAGCUUGGUAAAUAUGCUUCAUUUCUCCUUGAAUUCAUACAUCAUAAAGUGGCAUAAAACAAAGACAUGAUUGUUUCUGCCGUAUGAAUACUUUCAACAUAUCACCCAAAAAAAUCCUGGGACAGAAAAUGGUUUCCAAUUAUGACACAAUAAAGCAAAAUAAAAUAUUAAUCUAUUGUUAUGCUGGUGGGGACCAGAGCCAUAUAAAAAAUAAUUUGUAUAUACCUAUGGUGGGCCCAAUGGUAAACAAUGACCUUUUCAUUUUUUUGCCAUUGCCCUUCAAACCACAGAAAUCUGAAUCCAAAUUCUGUAGCCACACCCACUUUGAAAAUAAUAUGACGUCGGUUUCCAUGGCAGCAAAUAAACUAAACGUAUCCUGGAAAACUAAAUCCCGCAGAACACUGACACGUCACGGUACUACUGUAAGGUAUCGUAAGAAGUGUACAAAUCGUUCCAGUGCUCAGAAUGGAUCUAUCAUCGUUCCAGAACUUGCAGGCGCUCUCUGCCUUGCUAACGACGCAGGACGAUAACGAUGACUGCAAAAGUGCGAAACCAAUUGCCAAAAUGGGCCCAGGACAUAUUGGGCACUGUGCCUCAUCCAAAGCUACAAAAGAAGCAACAACACCUUAUGCUCAGAGGAACAGCAAGGAUAUUUGGAGUGAGGAAGAAGUGUCAGAGGGGGGGCAGUAUGAUGAUGUCGCUGACCCACGUCCCCAGCCAGAAUAUGAAGUAAUACUGAGGCAGAAUGUUGGGACAGAGGAUCUGUUUCUGGGGAUGAGCAGGAAAGACCCCUCUUCCAUGUGCUGUGAGGGCAUGCUGGUGAAAAUCAAGCUGCCUGAUACAAAAGCAUCUGAUGUUGUUUUGGAUGUAAAGGAGAAAUUUCUUGAUCUUCGAACACCAAAAUAUCGACUGGGUUUACAUCUCCCACACCCGGUCCACAGCCAGGAGGCAAAGGCCAAGUUCUUCAGCGAACAGGAGACACUGGAGGUCACCCUACUCAUGAACCGCCUCAUGGAUUCUAUUAACCUGUCAUGAGAGGAUGAGGGAAUGCUCAAGUACUCUGUGACUUGUUCAGUGACCUUCUUUGGAAACAUGUAUUAAGGCAGGAGGUUAACAAGUGAAGAAAAUCUAAAACAUACCAUCAAAACUUAGUUUCAUGGGAUAUGACAAGUUAGUCUUGUGCAUUGUACGUGGAGCAUACUGUAUUUUGUUUAAUAAAGCCUGUUCUUACUACCUUG